AUGUUCUACACUACACUCCAUACUCUACACUACACUCCAUAUUCUACACUAUGCUUGCACUGCAUACUCUACACUACACUGCAUAUUCUACACUACACUCCAUACUCUACACUACACUGCAUACUCUACACUACGCUGCAUACUCUAUACUACACUACACUAUACUACAUACUCUACACUGCACUGCAUACUCUACACUACACUCCAUACUCUACACAACAAUCCAUACUCUACACUACGCUGCAUACUCUACACUACGCUUGCACUGCAUACUCUACACUACACUCCAUAUUCUACACUACACUCCAUAUUCUACACUAUGCUGCAUACUCUACACUACACUGCAUAUUCUACACUACACUCCAUACUCUACACUACACUCCAUAUUCUACACUAUGCUGCAUACUCUACACUACACUGCAUAUUCUACACUACACUCCAUACUCUACACUACACUGCAUACUCUACACUAUGCUGCAUACUCUACACUACACUGCAUAUUCUACACUACACUCCAUACUCUACACUACACUGCAUACUCUACACUACGCUGCAUACUCUAUACUACACUACACUAUACUACAUACUCUACACUGCACUGCAUACUCUACACUACACUCCAUACUCUACACAACAAUCCAUACUCUACACUACGCUGCAUACUCUACACUACGCUGCAUACUCUACACUACACUAUUAGACUACACUACACUACGCUAUAUACUGUAUACUGCACUGUAUACUCUAAACUACACUGCAUACUCUCUACUUCACUGCAUACUUUAUACUACACUGCAUACUCUAUACUACACUGCAUACUUUAUACUACACUGCAUACUUUAUACUACACUGCAUACUUUGAAAUACACUGCAUACUUUAUAAUAGACUACACUACACUAUAUACUACACUUCAUACUCUAUACUACACUGCAUACUUUAUAUUACUUUACUACACUACACUACACUACAUACUCUAUACUACACUACAUACUCUAUACUACAUUGCAUAUGCUAUACUACAUUGCAUACUUUACACUACACUGCAUACUUUGAAAUACACUGCAUACUCUAUACUACAUUUGAUUUGA